AUGCUAAAUGUGUUGGCCUUUAAGGGCUCAGAUACGAAGUUCAUCUACAGCUUUCAGGCAUUCCCCAAAUUAAAGGUCAUAAGACGAAAGGUAAAGGAAGGACUGAGAUACUUCCAGCAACAGCUUAAGGAUCUUGGGGGCUAUGCCCUAAGGACACUACCGGACAACAUAAUGCCGAGGACCGUGGUCUACCGAACUGCCGAUGGAACUCGUCAGUUGGGCGGGUACCUUAGCCGCUUUAUCCGGAACUAUGUGAGCACCCUCAAUGCAACUCUCAAAGUUAGCUGGGACCUGGUUCCGGAGGAAGGUAUAACCCAUUUGAUGGAUGCUACUAAGCUCUCGGAGAUGUAUGAUGUGGAUUUUCCGCUCGUCACAAGUAUUCUUAGCCAAAAUACAUUAAAACAAGUCGUUCCCAUGGAGGUAUCCAGCUGGUUUUUGAUCCUGCCUAUGGAACCACGCCUGCCCCGAGCUCGUUUCUUCGUUAAAUUUGGUUUUCACAAUUUUAUACCUUUAGCGCUACUGCUAUCAAUUGUGCUUAGUAAUGCCCAUCGCAUAGAAUUGGAUCUUAGUCCCACCUGGCGAUUUUACGUAGUGGGAUGUAAAGUACUGCAGGGAACACUGACACAACCAUUUCUAUUACCCAAAGGACUCUCCGUUAAGCUGAUGAUUAUUUACUGGAUUAUCCUGCUUCAUGGAUUCUUUGUGAGCAACUACCACACGGCCAAUCUGGAAACCUGGCUCGUUCAUCCACCGGCAGCUGAUCCAAUCAUGGACUGGGAUGAAAUGCGCCGCCGAAAGAUGAAGGUCCUUGUAAUGUCAAGAGAGUUGAAUUACUUAAGAAGUUCUAUGGGGUCGGAACUUUUCGAUGCCCACAGCGAUAUAUUCCACACCACCACUUCGAAGGACUUUCAAAAGAAGCGCUUGUUAUUGGAUGAGAACUAUGCCUACCCAGUGUCCACUACCUUGUGGCCACAAUUGGAGCAGUCACAAGUUAGGCUAAGUCGACCCAUAUUCCGCCGAUCCCGAGAGAUGGUUUUUGCGCCGUUUUUAGUCUUUAAUUUGCCGAUGCCAAGGAACUCAGUGUUUUACAAGUCUCUAAAACGAUACACCGCACUCACUCAUGAUAGCGGACUAUAUAGGCUUUGGUUCAGACGUAGCUUCUACGAAUUGGUGGCCAUCGGAAAAAUAUCCUACAAAGAAGACAGAAAUCAUGGAUUGUACUGCGAUCUUAAGUGGAAUGACUUUUACUUUGUAUGGAUAGCCUACGUGGUGGAAACCAGCGUAAGUUUCCUAGUCUUUAUCAUGGAGCUGUUAUACCACAAGUGGAGUGUGAAGAAGACUCCCAACUAA